ACACUUGCAGGAAACAAGUGACGCACUCGAACUAAGCAAACUGGGGGGGGGAGGGGUGGGGGGGAGGAAAUCGUAUACAGACUGGAAAUCUGCCGUGUUGAUACGAGAAGGACAGAGUUCUCUUGCUCCGGGACUGGAAGAUGUUGAAUCCUUUGAAGUACGUUGCCAUGGACUGUGAGAUGGUGGGAAUGGGUCCUUCAGGCACUGAGAGUGGGCUGGCUCGGUGCAGCAUCGUCGAUUACAAUGGAAGAAUCGUCUAUGAUAAAUUUAUUAAACCAGAUGGGAAGAUAACGGAUUAUAGGACGCCCGUGAGUGGUAUUCGUCCAUCGAAUAUGGAAACUGCCUCUCCUUAUCACACGGCCAGGGAGGAGAUCCUGAAGAUUCUGGAAGGAAAGAUAAUCGUGGGCCACGACCCCCGGUCAGACUUCCACGUCCUGAAAGCCGACAUCUCACAGUAUGAAGUGAGGGAUACGUCCUCGUGUGGGCUGCUGCUGUCCAAAGCCCGGCUACAGACCGAUCGACGGGCCUCACUAAAGAGACUCUGCCACAACCUGCUGGGGAGAAGGAUACAGAUUGCUCUGGUGAUACUAGCGUUCUCCAGGAGGUGA